AUGGCCCUCGCCACCCAGUUCGAGGGCGUACUGCCCCUGCACAUGGUCCAGAAGCCGCCUUUCAUGGUCACAGCACCCGGCGCGUCAGAGGUCGAGGGUGAGACAAAACCGUACAGGCACGUCAAGGCGAAGGAUGGCUUCGUCACUCGCCCAGCUCCGCACAUUGCCACUGUCUACGACCUCUUCACCAACAGUGCCAAGGUCUACGGUGACAAGCCCGCCAUAGGCGCUCGCAGGCUGAUCAAGACGCACACCGACACCAAGAAGGUGCCCAAGGUCGUCGAUGGAGUCAAGACAGAGGUCGAGAAGAAAUGGAACUACUUCGAGCUGUCCCCGUACGAGUUCCUCACCUACAAGGAAUACGAGACGCGAGCUUUGCGCGUCGGCGCCGGCCUGAGAAAGCUGGGCUUGGACCCAAGUGACAAGCUGCAUCUCUUCGCAUCCACAAGCCCAAAUUGGCUUUGCAUGUCCCACGGAUGCGCUUCCCAGUCCAUCACCAUCGCCACCGCCUACGACACCCUCGGCUCCGACGCCGUCGAGUACUCCCUAACUCAGACGAAUGCGAAGGCCAUGUAUACAGAUCCUCACUUGUUCAAGACAGCUAGUGGCCCGUUGAAGAACGCAAAGGAUGUCAAAUACCUCAUCUACAAUGACUCGACCAAUAUGCCCAUAUCGGAUCAAGAGAUGACCGAGUUCAAAGCUGACCACUCGCAAUUGACCAUACUCUCCUACUCGGACCUCGUUGCGCUCGGCGAAGCCAACCCCAUACCACCCGUCCCUCCGAAGCCGAGCGAUUUGUGCUGCAUCAUGUACACAUCCGGUUCCUCUGGCACGCCGAAAGGUGUGCCCAUCCUGCAUGAGGCUCUGGUUGCUGCUGUUACUGGCCUGUACAGUAUCAUCGAGGAGACGGUCUCUCACAAGGACGUCAUCCUGGCCUAUCUGCCCCUUGCGCAUAUCUUGGAGAUGGCUGUGGAGAAUAUUGUCGUCUUCAUUGGUGGUAAGAUGGGCUAUGGAUCACCGCGUACCUUGGCCGAUUCGUCGACGAGAAAUUGUCACGGCGAUAUGCACGAGCUCGCUCCCACUAUUAUGGUAGGGGUGCCACAAAUAUGGGAGACGAUCAGAAAAGGCAUUGAGAGUCGAGUCAACUCUGGUGGGGCCCUGACCAAGAACCUCUUUUGGGGCGCCUAUAACCUAAAGUCCAUGCUUGUGGCAAACGGCCUUCCCGGAAGCUUCCUGUUGGAUGCUUUGGUCUUCAACAAGGUUCGAGCGAUGACGGGUGGACGAGUCCGCUUCGUCUUCAAUGGCGGCAGUGGCAUAUCCGAGGGCACGCUCCAUUUCGUGAGCAUGGUACUCGCGCCAAUGGUAACAGGUUAUGGGUUGACUGAGACGUGCGCCAAUGGCUCUCUGGGCUGUCCCCUGCAGUGGACUCCUAACGCCAUCGGCCCCGUGCCGCCCUCGAUGGAAAUGAAGCUCGUCAGCUUGCCUGAUAUCGGUUAUGACGCAUCUGCGACGCCUCCGCAAGGCGAGAUCCUUCUUCGCGGCCUCCCCGUCGCGAGGGAAUACUAUAAGAACCCGGAAGAAACCGAGAAGGCCUACACGUCGGAUGGCUGGUUCCGAACUGGUGACAUUGGUGAAGUCGACCCUGUGGGCCACGUCAAAGUUAUUGACCGCGUCAAGAACCUCGUCAAGAUGGCGGGCGGUGAGUAUGUUGCGCUUGAGAAACUGGAGGCCAUUUACCGAGGCUGUGCAUACGUCAACAACCUCAUGGUUCAUGGCGACAGCUCGGCGCCACGACCCAUCGCCAUAAUAUCCCCUAACGAAAAGCCGCUGGCCGACCUGGCCAAGAGCCUGGGCGUCGAUAACGCCAAUAUGUACAAUGACAAGAAAGUACGGGAAGCUGUUCACAAAGACCUCAUAUCGGUUGGAAAGAAGGCCGGGCUUAGUGGAUUGGAAAUGAUCGCCGGUGUUGUGCUGGUCGAUGAUGAAUGGACGCCUACCAACGGGCUCGUUACCGCGACGCAGAAAGUCAAUCGAAGGGCGUUAAAGGACCACUACAAGUCCCAAAUAUCGGAGUGUCUGAAACAGUCCUGA